GAGAUAUUGAGAGACGGGCGAAAGAAAAAGAAGCCAUGUUAGAGAGGGUUGAGCCUAGUGAACCCAAAGAGAUCUUGUAAGGUCUUCUGCAAGCAGCAGUAGUUCUGCAGCAAAAGAUGAGAAAAUGGAAGAGGAAGAGGAAGAGGAAGGACCAAGUAUGUUUGGGAAAUACAAUCAGGAGCAUGUGCGGUUGCAGUCAUUCAAGAAUUGGCCAAGGACAAGUCCCAUCGAGCCCCGCGAUUUAGCAAAGGCUGGAUUCUACUAUCUUAAUAACGACGACUCUGUUCAAUGCUUUGCGUGUUUUGGACAAAUCAGUAGAUGGAAACCAUGCGACGUACCAGCAGUGGAACAUAAAACACAUUUCCCGAGCUGCCCCUAUGUGAAAGGUCUUGAUGUAGGUAAUUUGCCAAUUUCAACUCCUCCGGUGAUGCACGUUGGUAUGCCAGCGGCGAUACGGAGCUACUCAUCACCUGUCCCAACUCAAGACCAGCUAAGGGCAGGACAAUUUCUUCAGCAGCAGAGAUCCCUUAGGGCACAGAUGGGACCCUUAAAUAAUUGCAAACACCCUAAUUUUGUGCAGGAAAAUGCAAGGCUAGGAACAUUUAGGAACUGGCCGGGCAACCCAGGACUUCACGUGAUUCCACGAAUUCUAGCCAAAGCUGGGUUUUACUUCACAGGAUUAGUUGAUGAAUGCAAGUGUUUCUACUGCGACGGAGGUCUGAAGAACUGGGAGCCGACAGAUGAGCCAUGGACAGAGCAUGCCAAGUGGUUCCCAAGAUGCGAAUGGCUGAUCCAACAAAGAGGGCAGGCUUUCAUCGCUCAUGUUCAGCAGGUCAACCCUCCGCCCAUAAGCACACCUGGCACUAAAACUACAACUCAGGGCAAGAAUGAGCAGGAUUUUGCAGGGACAGGUCUCCAUAAUUACGUUGAGCCUCUACACUUCACUGCCCCAACCUUUAGUGGAACAGAAGAGCCGUACUCCCAUGUCGAGCCACCUUACAGAUUUCAGGCUUCCUACCAGGAGAGACCUAGUCAAGCUUCAUCCAAACCAUCCCCACCUCUAAGCAAGUCAAAAAAGGAGAUGACGAUUGAGGAAGAGAAAGCUGCUGCAUUUCAAGAGUUCGAAUCCAAACACAAGGAACCGGAAGCAGCGGCGGCAAUAAACUUCAAACCGAAGCCGAAAAAAAUUGAGACAACAGAGCCAUCUGCCUUGAAAUCAAAGCUGAUAGAUGAGCCGAGCAAUGCCACUUCUUCCAUCGAUGACUUCAUGCAAAGCCAAACUGCGGAGAUGGCAGUUGAAAUGGGAUACCACACUGAUCUCAUCCGUUACGUUGUAACGCAGCACUUCGAGAAGACAGGCCAACAGUUCUCUCACCCCGAAGAGCUCCUAGAUUCAAUCUGGGAAGCUCAACGUCAGGGCAUUGACCCAACUCCAAGUGUAGGCAAGGCUACAGGAGGCCAUGAUGUGGACUACCUUAGGAAACUACCUAAGGAACUGGAGUCUGAAAGCGCCUCAGCAACGGCAUCAAAUUUUGUAGAUAUUCAGUGGUAGAACACCUCUGUACUCAGGCCUCAAGUUGGUUAUCACGCUGACCUUCUGGCAUCAGGAAACUCCUAUCAUUCCCUGGCUUUCGACUUCCGGGAGGUACACAUACAACACUAUAUCGCUGUGUGUCAAGCCAUUGUCUGAGAGUACAGAGAUAAUACCUUUCCCACAGCAGCCUGUGUCUUGUGCAGGUCUCUCUUGGUCUCGGUGAACAGCUCAGUGAGUACCUCCGGGAGGUCCUACUUUACAGGCUCAGUAUCCCUCUCGCUCAAGGGUCACUGUCUUGCGAACGCGGCAAAUCAUCUGCCAACACUGACGCUGACACAAUCAAAGAGGCCCCGUCAUCAUCGUCCUAAUUGGAGCUAAACUGUGUGGCGACCUUUCCCAGUGUGAAAAUUUGCAGCAGUCCUUGUAAUGAUGGUCAAGGAAAUUUUACCAGUUGAGCUUGAAAGUCUGCAGGGGUAACAGCUUAACCUGUCCUUUGCCACUGUUCCCCUUCUUGCGAUGCUUGAGCUUGAAGAAGUCUGAGCGGAUACUGGUGAAGCGUGGAAAAAAGGCAUGAAAAUGAUGAAAUAUGGCAAACACUUCCAUAUCAUUUGUAAAAAGUACUCACGAGAUAUACCCACUACAUCAGAGAUCUCCCUCAGUAGUGCUCCUUCUUGCUGUUCUUGUAAUUGGGGGAUGUCAUGUCACAAAAGCAUGGGUGAUCCUUAAGAAAAAGGCUAUUUGCUCAUGCUCAUCUGACAACUUGCCACCGGAUGACUGGCUCUCAGGGAACACUUCUUGAUGCUCGAUUCACCCCUAUACCUCCUCAACGUCCUGUGCAUCACGUUCAGGUUCUUCCUGCUGUUGCAGUGGAGGCCUGAAGGCCUUCUCCUUAGCUCCUGCUUUCUUUUCUUUUGGCAUCUUGUGUGACUUGUAUGAUAUUCUGAGCUGUACUGAUGAAAGCUGCACAAACCAGCCAAUUUUAUAUUGGGGACGCCAACGUUAACACCCUUUGAUGAUCGACUGGUUAAUCUAGGAGGCCCAGAAGACAUCAGCCGAUUUCCGACUGAUGUCCGGCCGAUGUGUACUUAUCAGCUGUCGUCCCGCCGAUCACCACAGAGUAAUUGGCGGGACAUCAGAAGGGUGUCGGCCAUACACCAUCUGAUGUUUACAUAUUGACCGCUUGUCUGCCAAUUGCCUGCUGCUUAUCCUAGGGGUUACCAUGCGGACCCCCAAUUCCCAUCGGGCGAUGCCUAUUCAUGUCAAAUUCGUCGCCUGAUUUCUCCCCAACCUCUAGACACCACACGAUGCCCCAAAAUCAGGAACAUCGCACGGCAUCCCAGUUAAAUGUGACUGAGGCAUAAAACACUGAAGAUAAUGUGAAAAUCGAUGUCACACUACGUCUUCUUCUUUUAGUUGAGUACCGGCCUCUUAAAUAAGUAUCUUAGUACUUUGGGCAGUGCUUUUGUGCCAUGUGCAGGGUGUAGCUGCUAAACUGCCUUUUAAUAUUCCACAAGUAAAAAGUGUGGUGGUGCAAGUAAAAAAAAAAUUCCCCUGCGAACUGUCUACUCUGGCAUUAGUGUGAUUCCUUCUAGCUCCCCUUUUGAACUGUGUAAGGUUGGGGGCUGCUCUAGUAGAUGCGGAAGUAUAUUCCACAGGCUGAUGACGCUAGGAAAGAAGGAGUGGUGAAAUACAUUUAUCCUGAAGUGAUGUUGUUGAAAGUGGGUAUUUCUUCUGGAGGUACGUGUGUGAGCUUUGGUAAAUGUAUGGUGAUGGUGGUGAUGGAAUUGCAAUGCUAGUAGAUGCAGGAAGCAUAUGCCACAGGCUGAUGACACUAGGAAAGAAGGAGAUGCGAAAUAGCAUGAUGACAUUCGCCUGUGCUCUCCUUCCUUGCAGGGUUUGCCAUCCCAGGGUUUGAAUGAUCUGGGAGAUACUGUGUCUUGGGUGGUAGUCCCUAAUGACAAAGCAGGCUGCUUGGCGCUGGACCAUCUCAAUUUUCCAGGCUUGUUAGUGGGUGUGUGGUUCCCAGCAGGAUGAAGCAUACUCCAAGAUGAGAUGGACAUAUGCUGUGUAGGCCUGAUCCUUGACUUGUUGUGGACAGCCAU